AUGCAAUGUUCUUGGAAGGCUGUCCUCUUACUAGCGCUGGCCUCUAUUGCUAUCCAGUACACAGCCAUCCGAACCUUUACAACCAAAUCCUUUCAUAUGUGUCCGGUUCCCAACCCGAGCAAUUGUAGCCUGGGACAAGAACCCACAGACUCUCCUGAUCGGUUGUGUGAAGAUGGCCAACCUGUAACUUUUAACAUCUCGAGGAAAACUCAUAUCCUCAUCUUGGCCACCACCCGAAGUGGGUCCUCUUUUGUUGGUCAACUGUUCAAUCAACAUUCGGAUGUUUUCUACUUGUUUGAACCACUCUAUCAUGUUCAGUACACGCUAAUCCCCAAAAUGACCCAGAGUAAAAGCCCUGCUGAAAGGAGAGUGAUGUUGGGAGCUAGCAGGGACCUCUUAAGAAGCCUUUAUGACUGUGACCUUUAUUUCAUGGAAAACUAUAUUAAGCCACAACCAGUCAAUCACACCACAGAUAGACUGUUCCGAAGGGGUGCAAGUAAAGCUCUCUGCUCUGUCCCGGUUUGUGAUGCCCUGGGCCCCACUGAUAUUUAUCUAGAAGAAGGAGACUGCAUUAAGAAAUGUGGGAGCCUGAAUUUGACUCUGGCAAUGGAGUCUUGCAAAGACCACGGUCAUGUUGCUAUAAAAACAGUCCGGGUUCCUGAAGUUAAUGACUUAAGAGCGUUGGUAGAGGAUCCCCGCCUUAAUUUAAAGGUGAUUCAGUUAGUGAGAGACCCACGAGGCAUAUUGGCUUCCCGUAGUGAGACCUUCAGAGACACUUACAGGCUAUGGAGGAUCUGGAGGGCUACUGGUCGCAGACCAUACAAUUUAGACUCAACACAGUUGACCACAGUUUGUGAGGACUUCUUGAACUCUGUGUCAACUGGGUUUAGCAGGCCACCAUGGCUAAAGGGGCGCUACAUGCUCUUAAGAUAUGAAGAUCUGGCUAGAAACCCUAUGAAGAAGAUGGAGGAAAUCUAUGAAUUUGUGGGUAUACCACUGGAUGUCAAUGUGGAAAGAUGGAUCUUGAACAAUACUCGGGGUGACCAGUCUUCUGCCAAACACAAGUAUGGCACAGUAAGAAACUCUGCAGCCACAGCUGAAAGCUGGAGGCUGACCUUGUCCUAUGACAUUGUAGAGUUCACCCAGAAUGCCUGUCGACAAGUAUUAAGCCAACUUGGCUACAAAACUGUGGGUUCUUCCCAGGACUUGAGGAACCUUUCCUACAGCCUCAUUGAGGACAGAUCUUUUACACCUUUUUUGUAA